AUGUCAAUAGUUACUAUUCUUAAUCAAAACAAACUGACUGGAUCCAACUAUGUUGACUGGAAAAGAAAUUUAGACAUUGUUCUUACUGCUGAGGAGCACAAAUACGUGCUUAAUGAACUAUGUCCAAACUUUCCCGCAUUAGAUGCACCUUCUGAGGAGAAGCAACGAUUUGAUUGUUGGAAGAAAUCUAAUGAGAUGGCUAAGUGUUAUAUCUUAGCAUCUAUUUCAAAUGUUCUACAACAUCAAAUGCAAGAUGUGGAACUAGCUUCAAACAUAAUGUUUAGUUUGAAGGAGAUGUUUGGUGAGCAAGUCCGUUCUACUAAGCAAGACACUAUGAGGCUUCUUUUGAAUACCAAAAUGGCUUAA